CCAUUACUCAUUGAUCACCCCUCGUAUUGUUGCAGCAUGGAUUUUAUUAUCAACUGAUUCAAUCCCGUUUUGGUACCUCUGAAGAGACCAGACGUAUGUUAUAGAAAACCAAAACUACAGCAACAAAAACAGUAAAGAAAGACAAAAUCGGACUGCAUUGAAACAAACACUAUAUAAAGGACAUUAACGGCGAUCCAGUGUUCAGAGACUUAAAAUAUAGGAUUAUUGGCAAAACUAAAGGGACGCUGAGGCGCUAAAAACAAAACUAAAUUCAAGGAUUCUGUUCGAUCCAUUCUCGCCCCAGCGAAUACUCAGAGGGUAAUUUCUCAAGGUCGGCUUCGUAAAGGAUUCAGAGAAGUGAUACAUCAUUCCCAUCAGAACAGAUCACCAGAACAAAACAACCACGUGACUUUUGCUCCAAAACCGAUUGAUAAACAACCGAUAUGGCGGACAAAAGUCAAUUCCAGCCAGCUAUUCCUGAUAUGGAACGUGGGGAAAGGAGAAGCAGAAUCAAGUCUAUUUACAAGAACUUGAUGGUGUUGUCCUUCUCAUUCAUGUUCAUCAUGACUGCCUUCAUGUCCUUACAAAGUUUGCAGAGUAGCUUAAACCGUGAAGCAGGAGUUGGAGUCAUAUCGCUCAGUUGUAUCUACGGCGGCGCCUUAUUCUCAUGUAUGUUCGCACCAGUACUCAUUAAGAAAUUUGGACCAAAAUGGUGCCUCAGUUUUGGCUGGCUUACGCAUUGUAUUUUUACAAGCUCUAACUUUUACCCUAAAAUGUAUACUCUAGUCCCAGCGGGUGUGAUUCUUGGACUUGGAACUGGACUCAUCUGGACAUCACAGGGUGUGUACCUAACUACAAUUGCUCUCGACUACGCAGCUAUCAGCCUUGAUACCGACGAGUCAACAAUGAGUCGUUUCAAUGGUAUAUUCUUCAUGAUUUUCCAAAGUACUCAAAUUUGGGGCAACUUGAUUUCCUCUCUUAUACUACACAGAGCAGGAGGGGAUGCGAAUUCGCCGACUGGAAACCUGACUGAAAUUGUGCUAAAGAACUUAACUGACCAGGUGACGCAGGUGUACCCAAAUUAUUUGACGGAAAACAAAGAUACCAUCCAAGAUGAAAUUAAAAUUGCCCAUUGUGGGGCUAGUUAUUGUCCCUUUGAGCAGACCACAAACGGAACUGCCUUCACGGAACCGCCAAAAAACAUUGUCUAUACACUUAUGGGGAUUUUCCUCGGGUGCGGAAUCGUGGGGACAUUGUUGACCAUCUUUUUACUGUCUCCUCUACCCAAAAGGGGCUCCCACGAGAUUGCCACUGAAGAAGAUCUGACACUAUGCGAGAGGUUGAGUUCUACAUUCCGGCUAUUGGUGAAAGAUGUCCGUAUGCCACUUCUCGCUGCUCUCUGCUUCUACACGGGCACUGAACAGGCCUUAAUGUACGGCGACUUCACACAGUCAUUUAUAGGGUGUGAACUGGGGAUUGGCUGGGUUGGUUACAUCAUGAUAUGUUUGGGAGUUUGCAAUGCAUCUUGCGCCUUUCUGUUGGGUCGUGUAGAAAAAUAUACCGGCAGACCGGCCCUGUUUGUCGCCGCUACUGUGAUUAACGUUGCGCUGAUGCUUACGAUGUUAAUGUGGACGCCAGAUAAGCGACAAAUGUACGUGUUCUUCAUCAUUCCCGCACUCUGGGGAGCGUGUGAUGCUGUGUGGCAAAGUCAGACUAGUGCAUUGUUGGGCGUAUUAUUCUCAAACCAAAAAGAGGCAGCUUUCGCCAACUUCCGUUUAUGGCAAAACCUUGCUCAAACCAUCGCCUUUGCUACCAGUGGCCUUCUGUGCAUGAGCAAUAAGAUCAUCAUUGCCAUCACUCUGGCAUGCAUCUCUCUUGCGCUCUAUAUCGUCGUUGAGGUGAAAGAAAAGAUAAAAAAGAAAAGAAACUCUCGAAGAUCCACAAACGGUUAUUUAAAGCCCUCAGAACAAGCUUUGAAAAUAGCACAAACUGGUAACUGUUGACACUUUUGAUGCAUAUUCAUAAUUAACAUGGAGACAAUCAGUAAACCAAAUAGAUAUUAGUUAUCUAACGUCGUUGACAUUUACGAGCGUCUUAUGCAGCUGAGGGGGAAAUAGAACAGGAUACGAAGACGCAAGCUGCAAUAGUUGUAGGCAGCUAUACGACAACAAGAAGGCCAUUCAGUCCCAAGAGCCACCAUAACUACAUAAAAGCAGACACGCCAUCGUGGAAGAUCUUUAAAAAGUAUGAUGGGAUAUCAGUCACUCAAUUUGUGCAAUUUGUACUUAAGUUUUGCGUGGUUUCAAAUUGCGCAAUCAUUGUACUUUUGUUUUACAUCAAUUCACAUCUUAACUGAAAUGAAUAUAGGUUUAUAUGUUCAAUGUAAACAAUCAUUAUCUGUGAAGAGAACCCGGUUAACCAAAUAUGUGUAGUCACCUCUUAGUGCAAUUAAUACAGGUACUUUUGAAUUAGUUUUAAGGAAUAUCUUUAUUUGUAAACAUAUUCAUUCCAAAGACCUAACACGCAAUCAAACUAUAAGCUACACAGUGCCCCGAUUAACAUUCAUUAUCGAAACAUUGUAAUUAUUCACACUUGUGCAAAUGACGUCAUUUUAUUUGAAAGGUCUAUAUAUCUUUCAAACAUUAAUAAUUCAUAAUUGAGUAUCACGCCUAAAAAUAAUUGAAUGUUUGUACGAAAGCUUAAGAAAAUGCACUUUAGAAAGUCUUAACCUCUUUGAAAAUGAGUAUUGAUAUAUUGAAUAUUAAAUUAAAAUAUAAAACAAAAGAUUAAAUGGAAAACUCACACGAGAAAAUCUGACAUUCUGCAAAAAGUAAAAGUUCAAUGCUCUCUCGGUUAUAGUCUUAUAAAGGCAAUUCAUUAGUAUGAAUUUACAUGGUAUAUGUACCUACUGAAGUCCAUUUUUUACUGUUCAUACGACUUGUGUCACUUAACUGUAGACCAUCAUGUAAUAUGGCUUAUUUUGAAAGAUAUCUUGAUUGUAUUGAUUUGUCAUUUAUGAAAUUCAGCUUCAUUUGAAAAAGGCUUCUUCGAUGUUUUGAUGACUGUUGAAAAUAAAAAGUGAAGAUACAGCACCGAGAUGUAUUUUCUAUUUAUCAUAUUACAGACUCGCAUUUAGCUCUCUUAAUAAAGGGUGGACUGAUCUUGUAGUAUUGUCAACAUUGAAUGAGAUAAAAAACGUGAACAAAUGCGUGGUCACUUGUAGGAAUACUUGACCUGAGUCCAAAAUAGUUUGUUCUUUAAUUGUUCAUUGUCAGUUCUCUGAGUUAUUAAUAGGAGUUGUAUCAGGGGUCGCCAAGUAUUGGUUUCAAGUGUACAUUUGGUCAUUAAGUUAUUUGUUUGUAAAUGAGUUAUAUGAGUAGCGUACUUCUUAAAUUUGCAUUGACCUUGGUAAAGGUAAAAAAUGUCAAAGUACAUGAUAAAUGAAUUAAACUUGUUUCUACUUUGAAUUGACGUCAAACAGGUACUGCAUUACCACUGUAGUGUAUGCUCUAUUGGUAUUUAAUUUUCUAUUGAUUGUGAUUCUUCUAUACUGAUGUGUCAACUACAGGCCUAAACGGUGUUGUAAAAAGUAUUUUAAACUUAUAUUCUGCACAUGUGCAACGUUAAUAUAUCGACCAUUGUUUAGGCUAGGACAAAAAAUGUAAGAGAAGAAUUGUUUACACAGUUCUUACACGUUUAAUCUUAAACGCCUUUUAAUUAAAUACCAACUAUUAUGUUUGUUCAUCUGUGUUAAAAUAUUAAAAUCCUAUGAGUACCAAAUAUCACCAGCAUCAUUUGGUAUAACCUUACUGUAUAUAGAAUUAUAUAAAAUGGUAUUAGGAGUAUAUUUUUAUUUAUUUUUGUACAUAGCUUGUAAAUGGUUAUAUUAUACAUACUAUGUAUGUGUGCAGGAAUUUAUAAAUAUUUGUAAAAUAUGCAACAACCAUGUGUCUUCCAGUGUAUAUACAGGGCGGACCAAAAACAAUACCAAUGUUUAAGGAUGAAUAUCAUAUGAUAUAACGUUAAAC